AAUGUAGGACAAUCUGAUUGGUCUCAAAGGUACAUUUCUGAUAAUCUGUCAUCUUCACAAGAGUAACCCAACAAAAUUUUUCCCAAGAGUACCUUAUAAUUUUCUAUCUACUCUUUUCUUGUUUGUAAGCCAUUUUCUCACCACCUACCACUGAUAACUCCAUCUUUCCUUCUUAUCAAACACCCCCAUUACAUAUCCGUACUUCCUUGUUUGCAAGCACAGUAAAUUUGUUGCCAUUUUUAGGUUAGGGUUUUUUAAAAAGGGCGCAGGGUGGUGUCAAGAAAGCACCAUUCCAGCUUAGAUUCAGGCUCACAUUUACAAGACCCAGAUGGGAAAUCCAAUCAAACUGGUCAUAUGAGUUGGUGUUUCUGAGAAAUGGGUUGAUUUUAGAAGACCCCAGACAUGGUUUUUGUUGGGUUUGUUCAGUCAGAGAUCUAUGAUUGGCAUUUGGUUCUUUGUCUUGAGAAGAUGAGAUCUGGGUUCUGAAGUUUGCUCCUGGGAAUCCUAUCACAACAAGGUUGAUUGACAUCCCAAAAAUGGCUAAUGAUCUGAACACGGAGUUAUCCAAAAAAACUGCCAUUUUUGAUCUCAAGGUCUGGGAAUUGAUUGGGAUCAUAGUUGGGUUAUUUAUUAUGGUAAUCCUCUCUGCAUUGACAUUUUAUCUAUCUUCACUGAAGAAAUCAAGAAGAACUAGAGAUAGAAUUCCCCUCAGCCAAAUCCCAAAUGUUUCAAAGGAAAUUAAAGAAGUUCGGGUGGAGCAAAUAUCAACAAAUGAAUUUGUUCCACGUGAUGGGAUUCUUCUAACCAUUCACGACAAAUCGAGUGAUAAAGAAUCAGAUAAGAUUAUGGUCCAUUUGGGUAUGGGGAAAUUGAAGAAUGGAGAUAACAACAGUCAGUCGGAUUCAUUUCGUCUUAUGGAGAAAGAUGGUGUGGGUUCCCAAUCAGGAGAAGAAGGGAGUUCCGGUUCAUUCGCUGUGUAUAAGCCCUCUUCUUCACAUCCAGUAACCACUUCUUCUCCUCUAUCUGGCCUGCCUGAAAUUUCUCACUUGGGUUGGGGCCACUGGUUUACUUUAAGGGAUCUUGAACUUGCAACGAACCGUUUUUCAAAGGAGAAUGUCAUUGGUGAGGGUGGUUAUGGAGUUGUUUACAGGGGACAUUUGAUCAAUGAGACUCCAGUGGCAGUUAAGAAGCUCCUCAAUAAUUUGGGUCAAGCUGAGAAGGAAUUUGGAGUGGAAGUGGAAGCUAUUGGCCACGUGCGUCAUAAAAAUUUGGUUCGACUUUUGGGGUACUGCAUUGAAGGAACACAAAGGAUGUUAGUUUAUGAGUAUGUCAACAAUGGCAAUUUGGAACAAUGGCUUCAUGGACCUUUGCAUGAGCAAGGAUGUCUUACUUGGGAGGCCAGAAUGAAGGUUCUCAUUGGCACGGCUAAGGCUCUUGCCUAUUUGCACGAGGCAAUUGAGCCGAAAGUGGUGCAUCGAGACAUCAAGUCGAGCAAUAUAUUGAUUGAUGAUGACUUCAAUGCCAAGGUUUCUGAUUUUGGCCUGGCCAAGCUUCUUGGUGCAGGAAAAAGUCACAUCACAACUCGGGUUAUGGGAACUUUUGGGUAUGUUGCUCCUGAAUAUGCAAAUACCGGCCUUUUGAAUGAAAAGAGUGAUGUUUAUAGUUUUGGGGUUCUGAUUUUGGAAGCAAUUACCGGAAGAGAUCCUGUGGACUAUGGUCGUCCAGCACAAGAGGUAAAUCUGGUUGAUUGGCUGAAAAUGAUGGUUGGAAGUAGACGAUCGGAUGAGGUUUUGGACCCAAACAUUGAGACAAGGCCAUCAACAAGAGCCUUGAAACGGGGCCUUUUAACUGCUUUGAGGUGUGUUGAUCCAGAUUCCGACAAGAGACCCAAGAUGAGCCAAGUUGUUCGCAUGCUUGAAUCGGAGGAAUAUCCCAUACCAAGAGAGGAUCGAAGACAUCGAAGAACUCGAGAUGGUAGCAUGGAUCUUGAAACCCAGAGGGAGAACUAUGACACCGAUAAGAGUGACAAUCCAGAUCCAAGGUCAGAGACCAGAAGGAACCACUAAACAUAACCGAACAUGUGCUUUGUUUAGGGGAUAUGGGUUGAGAAUCUGCAUGCUCAUUCUUCUUCUUAUUUUUUUUUAACCAUCCCCGACCUUUGGUUUCGCUGUACCAUCUGUGGUCUAAGAGAGCAAGAAGGACGGGGGCGGGGGAAUAGAGUUAAUGGAGUGGGAGAGUAUUUUUUUUUAUUUUCCGUUGGAUUUUUGUUAUAUUCAAGUAGAUGGAGAUAUAUGAUUGUUUUGUGUAUGGAAGUGGUGACAGUGUGAAAAACCCAGAAUAUUGGAGGGGGUGUAUGUACAGGGCUCUUAUUCAAUAUUGUUUGAUGAAAA